AUGACAGAUUUCAAAUACAAUCAACAAUUCCACAACGUGAUGGAAGUGAGUCAGCAAGAUUACGAGUCGUGCAACUCGAGCUCGCCUAUUCAUACCUACACGACGGGUCAUGACUCGGUCGAGUUAACGGCGGCCGGCCGCCGCUACUUCAUCUGCAGCACUCCCGGCCAUUGCAACGCCGGACAAAAGCUCCCCGUCGUUGUCCACUGUAAGCACGAUGACGACAAAUCUCCGCCGGUGCCGGAGCAUCACAGCAGCUCGAUCGCCCUCAAUGUUCCUAAACAACCUUUCUUUUUUUAUGUGCUAUUAUGCUACAUUGUUUGGCAUGAGUUUAUCUAG